AUGAGGGGGGUAUUGCUGCUGCUACUUUUUGGCGCUGCGGCAUAUUUUGUGGCGUUUUUGCACGUGGAGGCGGUAAACGUCCGCGGCACUGAGCCCCGCCUGGUUGCGUUUGGAGACAUUCAUGGCGAUGUUUUUCGCUGUCGCCAAAUAUUGCAGCUGGCAAAUAUUACGGAUACCGAGGAUCGCUGGAUUGCUGGUUCUUCUAUAGUUGUCCAACUUGGCGACAUCGCUGAUCGCGGGCUCCACCCCCACGAGAUUUACGACCUUUUUGCCUCCUUGGAGCGGCAGGCAAUGAAGGCGGGCGGGGAAUUUAUUUUUCUUGUGGGCAACCAUGAGCUGAUGAAUAUCUUGGGCAUCUUCUACUACGUACACCCUGAUGUUAUGAGUGCCUUUGGAGGAGAAGAGGCGUACGCGGCGGCCUUUGGCCCAGAGGGUCCCUACGGCCUGUACAUUCUUCAGCAUCCUGUGACUGUGGUGCGCGAGGGGGUUGUUUUUGCGCACGCUGGUAUCACGCCGGAGUACGCCGCGAAGGGCGUGGAGGGCAUCAAUGCUGAGCUGAUGAACGGGUUUCGCGGCGAGCGAGACCUUCUUUUGGAAGGUGACGCGAAGGGAGAUGGAGUACACCCGCUCAGUAAUUCCAGCAGUCCUCUGUGGUCUCGGGCCGUUCUUGACGAGGCCAAGCGGGGCAACUGCUCCCUCUUGAUGGAAUCGCUUCGUUUGCUUUCGGAGCACGAACUGGCGUCGGGGCGACCGCCGGUGCGUGUGAUGGUUGGGGGGCACACCGUUCAGGAAGGUGGAGUCAUGGCGGUGGAAUGCAACGGCAGCCUUGUGGGAGCCGAUGUGGGACUGAGUCGGUUUUUUAGUUCCUAUGGCGGGUACGUGGCGUACGUGGAGUUUUUGCUGGACGACAGCGACCCGUCGCGCCGCAUCGCAGUGCCUCAGUACCCGUUUGGUCGAGCCGUGCGGCCUCCCACGUCGCCGCUGCUCAAAGACCCCAUGCGGCCGCCGCGACGCAUGCCUGACAACUGGCAACCAUCGUCUGUACGAGGGAAAGAAGGUGAGGGGAAGUGGCGUCGCGCAGUGAAGAGGAGAACGAAGCGGGGUGACGAUGGAUUGCUUCAUGUUUCAGUCCAGACUCUCUGCUUCUUCAUUUCAGUGCUAGCCUUUUUUUUGGUUUGCGUCGUGCGGCUUCGGCGGAGAAGAGCUGCGAAUGGUCGGCACCGCAGUUGGUGGAAGCUGUGA